AUGGCCACCAAGAGAAGUUGCUACUAUCCGACACUGAUCCUGUUGGGCCUGAGCCUGGUCAGUGCUCAGUAUAUUUAUCCUCCAUCGAUACAGGGACGCGCGCAGCGAUCGCUUUUCGGUUCGCCAGGAUGGAGUGGUGGCUGGAAUGGUCCUAGCAUUCCUCCGUUCAGUCAUUUGCCACCACCGCCACCACCACCAUCGCCCACUAUUAGCAAGGAUGAGCUAUUGGCUCUGCUAACCGCCCUAAAGGAAGUGGAGGCCAAGCCAGAGCUGCCAAAACCGACACCAGCUCCCGAACCGGAACCAGAGCCAGAGGUAACACCAGCUCCACCACCACCACCGCCGCCGCCAGAGGAUGACGAUGAGGAGCCAGAACCAGAGCCGCCAGCACCAAUCCCAGACACACCAGCUGUACCGCCUCCUGGUGUGCCUGUAACCGUCUCGCUGCCCGCUCUGGUGCCCAUUCAAUUGUCGGCCAUGUGGCAACAACCAGGACCCGUUGCCGGCGGAGGACUUGGUCUUGGUGCUGGCUUGGGAGUGAUUCCUGGUCUUGGUCUGGGUGGUGGGGCAGCGGCUGGAGCCGGAGCUAUUUCAAUUGGUGGUGGGGCUGCUGCAGCUGGUGCCGCUGCUGCCACAGCUCGCAAUGCUCGUGUCCGCACAAGAAACAAUAGUGGACGAGCUGCUUCCAUACGUUUUCCCAUUGCCAAUCCACGUAGCUUUGCCUCGGCCAACUAUGUGGCUCCCAGACCACGUUAUUAUCGUGCCAUUGCCUCUGAAUUGGAGCCCAUGAGCAUGACAAUCUUGCCACCAAAUGCCGCCUAUCUGACCAACAAUGGACAAGCCGUUCAGUUUGUGCCCACCAACUGGCAGUAGGAGACGUUCGAGGAGAAAGGAAGAGGAUCAGAAGACACAUUCAAAGCAAAACAAAACUUAUUGACUGUAUAUCUAACUAAGAUUUAUCUAAUUGUAAAUUAUCCCAAUUAUUUUUUAACAAU